UCACGUGGAAGGGGUGCUCUUAAAAACCUAGCCACUGAGUUGUGCCCAAGUUCAUUUGUUAGGCUUUAUCUGACUUUCCGUUCCCCAAUGUGUGUAUUUAACCUGCAUUACCUCAUUUGUGCUUCUGUCUUCUCGCAGCAUUUUUCCCUGCGCUCUACCGUCCAACGAUUUCGCAUUGCAUCACCUCCGCUGGCACAGAAUGCUCUUGCCUUUUCCAUCCGGAUUCCACCCUACAACUCGCCACAGCGAACUACCUUUUGAACUGAUGAAAAUUUGAGAUGCUCAAUAGCGCGAGGCUCGAGUUGCUGCCGCUUUGCUUCUGUCCGUGGUGCUGAAAUGCGCGCGCUCUCUAAGUAGGUUACCUUGUGGUUUUACACUAACACUGUAACUUCAGAACAGCUUUUUGAAAUAAUUUGAUAAAUAAUUCAAAGCCACCAUCGAUGCGUCUCGCUUCUUCGAAAAAUACCGGGAUUAAAAAAAAUAAUAAUAUAAUUUGCCAGCCUAGAGUAUAUUUAGGCUGUAUCGAUUUUUUUUAAAGGAGUGAGUGAGGAGCUUAAGAAAAAAGAAUUGGAGGCAGGGUCUGUGCACUUCCAGGCACUUCAUACAGAACCUCCUCAAGAAACCUCCUUUUUCUUUUUAAACUUAAACUAAAAGUCCUCAAGGAAGAAGAAAGUUGUUUUUUUUUUCCAGACAGGGGAUGAAUAUUUCUCAUUUCCGAUUCCGCUUUGGAUUUUUCUCCUGGAUAGAUCGCUAUUAAAUCGAGCGCCAUUCACGCAGAACUUGGUUGAAUACAGAUGAUAAUCUGAACAGAAGCUUCACGCAAGCAGCAGUGUGGAGAUGGAAGCGUCCACCAACGGCUCCAGUUUUGGAAUCGACUCCCUACUAUCCCACAGGCCAGGAAGCCCAGUCAUCGCGAAGGGGGACAGUUUGGUAGGAGAAUGUCGGACUCCGUUGGAGUUCAGCCCCAGGUCAGACUUAGAGAGCGGUUGUUCUUCUCCUCCGUCUCCGAGGCGGGAGUGCGGUGAGGAUGCGGCGCAGAGACAGGGUCACCCGCUCGUGCUCGCGUCCCAUUUACAGCACGGCCCGAUCUCUGCUGGAUCUCAACCUCGGACUGUCACUUCAUCCUUCUUAAUAAGAGAUAUUCUGGCUGACUGUAAACCCUUAGCGGCGUGUGCCCCAUACUCCAGCAACGGCCAGCCGACACAGGAGACAGGGAGACUGGCAUCUAAAAUCGCAGACGACUUCAUAGAAAAGAUCCACAGUAACUCAUCGUCAGACAGUGAAUACAAAGUGAAAGAGGAGGGCGACAGGGAGAUCUCGAGCAGCAGAGACAGCCCGCAGGUUCGCCUGAAGAAGCCUCGGAAAGCGCGGACCGCCUUCACUGACCAUCAGCUCGCCCAGCUGGAGCGCAGUUUUGAGCGUCAGAAGUACCUGAGCGUGCAGGACAGAAUGGAGCUGGCAGCAUCUCUCAACCUGACCGACACGCAGGUCAAAACCUGGUAUCAGAACAGGAGGACGAAGUGGAAGAGGCAAACGGCGGUCGGACUGGAAUUGUUAGCGGAGGCUGGAAAUUAUUCUGCGCUACAAAGGAUGUUCCCCUCGCCGUAUUUCUACCCUCAAAGCCUGGUGUCGAAUCUGGACCCUGGAGCAGCGCUGUACUUAUACAGGGGACCCUCGGCGCCCCCGCCGGCGCUGCAGCGUCCUCUCGUUCCCCGCAUUCUCCUGCACGGUCUCCAGGGCACCAACGAGCCGCCACCUCUGCCCCCCCUCUCCGGUGUGCUGUCUAGACCGACGCCACCGCGAUGAACGCCGCGAUUCGGACUCGGUGCAAUACAUGGCAGCUCUGAACUCCACCAUCAAAGAACAAUUGUAUUGGUGACAAAAUAUUCGAAAUAUAUUACAAAGCCACAAAAACUUAUUAGAGACAUUUUUCCAACUUUAUAUAAUUAUUUAUUUUCGUUGUGUUUUCUUUUAACUUAUAUGUUUUCGUUUACCCUAAAGCUUAAAUCUGGUGAAAACAAAUACAAAGAGUGAGGCUACUGAACGCAACAAGAGCGGGACAUCAUGCCUACUUAGCCUACAGGGAAGCUUCGUUUAACAAAUUAUUAUUAUUAGGCCUAGCCAAUAAUACAAUUGUGAAUUGUUGGUGAAUCCCUGGCGCAAAGAAUAUUUAAAUGUUAGAUUCAUAUUUAAUUAUCCUGAGAUCAAAUCCAGGUCACACGUUAAAGAAAUCCUGGGCUUUGUAUUGACCCUCUAAAAUGUACAAAGGAAAAGAAGUGUAAAUAAGAAUAUUUUGUUUUAUGUUAAAAGACAAAUCUCGAAUUGUCUCUUUUUGUAUCAUAUUUCCAAGCCUUACGUUAACAGGUGAGACUGACGUGAGCAGCAUUAGAAAUCAAAACGUCUCUACUCAAAUGAAGAAGUAUCAGUUUGCUAUUUGACGAACAGUUAAAUGGUAUACGGAGUUCCAUACCUAAACAGAACAAGCAGAUGGAUUGGACGAGGUGGAAUAUUAAUCGAUUAUCCAUCGAUUAUUUUUGUGCUGCUUUUUUCGUUUCUGUAAUCCUGCACAACUGCCAGCAGUAGGCCUAUCACUUUUGAUGUUGAUGGAAAAACGCCAAGUCCUCGUUUCAGAUCACUUUGUGAUCAAUAAGACGUCAAGGAAAUGAAGUGUUCGCCCAGGCAUUGUGCAAUAACUCUGUAUAAAACCAUUGAAAUAUCUUGUCAUUCUUUUGGUGAAGCUGUAUAUUGAGAAUAAUGAUUUGUGAAGUAAUGAUUCUCGUAAUCCCAAAUGAUUUUCGUUCGUGCCCCCGUGUGCUUAGCGGUGUGAACUUCUGGAAAACUCUUAAACCUGCUGGAUGUGCGGGGGAGGGUGGUCUUUACGCAAGGAGAAUUACUUUUAUAAAUGUGCUAAUAAAGAUCUUUCAUUAAUUUACCACUGCCUGAGAAUGUGGAGGUAGCCUAUACCAAUACUGGAUAAACACACACUCGUGUUCUUUCAGACAAUUCAAUUACACUAAACCAACAGCCAAUAUAAAAGGUAUGCCGGUGCAUAAUGCGCGUGCCAGACCUGAACACUGCCACAUAAAAAUGUAUGAAUUAAGAAGCUACAAGGAAAAUAACUUGCAACCAUUGAAUGUGUCAUAAUGAACAUAAAAUGUGCUGCGAUCAAUUAAGUUCUACGUGAAAUAAUAAUAAUAAACUAAAACAAAUGCAUAAUCAUUCUUAUUUUUUAACUAGCUAAAUAAAAAUUCUAAACUACCUCAGGAGAAAUAUUUUGAAGUCAUUCCAUGAUAUUACAAAUAUGACGUAAACCAAUAAGUGUGAAAACAAAAUUAGAAUUGUAUCAUUUAUUUCAUUUUAUAUUUUGGAGGAUAAAAUAAAUGGAAAAAGUAGUGAUUAAAAUCAAGAUUUAUCUGAAA